GCUUUUGGUAAAAUAAAGCUAAAGAAUAGGGGUGCUCUGAGUUUGCCCAAAAGCCCCGAGCCUCCUGAAGUCUCGACAGUCGACACUCAACGGCUGAAGAAAACUGCUACCGUCUUCGUCAAGCCAGAGACCGUCUUCUCAACCCAGGAAUUCCAUGGCUACCGACGCAGUCUUUCAAGAUCAAAGAAAGCGCACUUUGGAGGCAUUGGAGCGGAGGUUUGCUGUUGAGCACCUUCUACAACAAAAGAAGAACAAAAAGAGCUUAAACAAAGUAGACAAUAAAGAACAUAAUAGUAAAGGUUCUUCAUUCAUUGCGUCUGUGGUAGAUAAAACUGAUGCAGCGGUCACUCCCACAUUGGGUGCUUCAUCCAAGAAAGGUCACCCUGCUUCACAAGAUCCUGAAGAAAAUGCUCCAGCCUAUUCGCAGCUCUCUCAACCUGUACAUGAGAAUCUGCUGGCAACCAAUACUAAGCUUUCUAGUCGAGAAGGGCACAUGGUCGAUAAGAUUUUACACGAGCUUCUUCAGAAUGGUGAUUCGGCUCUGAAGUACAUGCAGGGCUCCAGAAGCAAAAAAUUGGACAAUUGGAUCCUUCUCGAUAAUUUUGUACAAGGGCGUGGUGUAUCUACUGGUUCUCAUAUCAGGGCUUUGCGGAUCCAUUCAAAGCGUUCUAAAAAGCACAUGUCCAUGAAACAACAUAAAAAAUGUGGAUCAUUUGAUUUGCCCCAAGAACUUAACAACAGGUUUGAUAUUUUUAGGCCAAUGCAUGAAAUGUGGAAAGGCUACAUGAUGCAACUGCUUAGAACUAUCGGGAAAAAUCAGUUGGCUCAAUGUCUUCUUAAUGCUGAUCUACAUGGUGCUAUCAUUCUAGUUGCUGAGUGUAAAAUAAAUUCUUUCACUGGAGUGAGUGGCAUUAUGAUUCGUGAAACUACAGAAGCAUUUGGAAUAAUUACACAAGAUGAUGUAAUCCAAGUUGUGCCCAAAAAGAUUUCUGUCUUUAUUUUCCAAGUUGAUUGCUGCAAAGUUACAUUGCUUGGGGACAAACUCACUUCAAGAAAUUUGGGAGUGUGAUCUUGAUAUUGAUCAUUGCCUUCCAGGUGAUGGUUUUUUUUUUUUUUUUUUUUUUCAUUUAUAUGGAUACUAGAUUUUGCCACAUAAAUUACCUGCCAUUGUUUCUAGAUUUUUGGCCAUGAAUAGUGUUAAUUUUUGUUGUUUACUGGUAGCACACCCAAGAGUUUCCAUGUCUUAGCAUAGAUUUCAUGUUUCUUUGAAAUUGUGUGCCAUGUUUAAUAUAAUGUACCAUUGUUGCUGGGGAGAGAUUUUUAAGAUGUAUAUAAAAGGAUUUUUUUUUUUUUUUUAUCCAACGCUAUUACUAAGUAUCAGAUACCUAAAUCCAAAUGGGCAAAAUGCUUAAGUUGGAAAUUUCUCUAUGGCUCAUUCAUUUGGUUGUUUGUUCAAACAUAUAAUUUUUUAUGCAUUGAUGCGUAAUUGCUGGCCUAUGGCUCACUGUGAUAUUAGAGAAAGAUAAAUCAAAGAUUAUUUUUCCUUUCUAUUUAUUUUAUUUGCUGGAAUCUGGAUGUUCAAUCAUGCUACCGUUGCAUACUUUGAACAUAUAUACCAUUGAUACAUUGAAUUCAGUUAUAUUAGGGCAAACAAGUUGAUGGGGAUUAUUUCUCUUUUCAUAUUCUAGAAAACUGUGAUUAUUUAGGGAAAUUAGGUCAGGACCCUCCUAUGUUUUUGGCCAUUUUGACUUUAAGAUCCUAGUUUUUAAUUUGAUAAAUUCGAGAUCCAAGUUUGGGUUCAUUCUAACUUGGAGACCUUCGGUAGCUUUUCCAUCAAAUAGAUAACGGAAAUUGUUGUGAAAAUACAAUUAUGUCUUUCAAUAAAAAAUUAAAAAAACAAAGAACGGUGGCUCGCAAUCACCCCUUAACAGAGGAGUGGCUCGCAGCCACCCCGGUUAGAGGGGGUGGAGCUAUAGCCACCCCCUAACAAAGGGGGUGCCUAGUGGCAACCAGUUAUUUAUUUAUUUUUUUUAAAAAAAUUCUUUGAACUGAGGGCU